AUGAUAUCGCAUGCUGACCUACUGGACACUCGGCUCGGUAAGUUACUGUCCGAAAACAGCGAUUUGAAGCGGUUGGAUUUCCCACCGUCUCACCCUCUCUUUCGAAUGAAGGAAACCGCGUCGGAACUGCUGGGUCACAGAGAGACACUAAAAUGUCGACUCGGAGUCGGUGUCGGAGCGUCUGAUCCCGUGCAUCUUGGAGAGCUGGAAACUCCGGAAACCGUAAAGGGUGCUACCCUUAUUCCUGUAGACGAGCUUGGUACCGUCGGAUCCAACCCACGGGGAGGCCUGGUGAGCGGCAAAGAGCAAGAUAAACAACAACAACAAAAUUCAAACCAGGCACUACCAGGUGGUCAGCAAAAACAGAAGCGUCACCGGACCCGUUUUACACCUGCGCAGCUAAACGAAUUAGAGCGCAGCUUCGCCAAAACUCACUAUCCGGACAUAUUUAUGCGCGAGGAACUAGCGCUGCGAAUCGGCCUCACGGAAUCGCGCGUGCAGGUUUGGUUCCAGAACCGACGUGCUAAGUGGAAGAAGCGUAAGAAGACCACGAACGUGUUCCGAGCGCCAGGCACUCUGCUUCCUACCCAUCAUGGUUUACCACAAUUUCCUUCGGCGGCCAUUAACGACAGCCUGUGCUCGUUCCACGCCAACGACACGCGCUGGGCCACAGGCGGCAUUCCUAGCGUUUCUCAACUUCAACUUCCGCCCUCGCUCGGCCGCCAGCCAACCAUGGCGCAGUCACUGUCCCAAUGCAGCCUGGGAGGCGCUGGUCCAGGGACGCCCGGCUCUAUGGGUCUGUCUAAUAUGUCAUCUAAUGGGCCCAGCCUGCAGUCUCAUCACCUCUAUCAGCCAGCGUUUCCAAGCAUGGUGCCGGCAUCGCUUGCGGGCCCGUCCAGCGCGAGCGCUUCUCCACAGCUCUGCCACUCGUCGUCACCAGAUAGUGACGUGUGGCGCGGUACGAGCAUCGCAUCGCUGCGCCGCAAAGCGCUCGAGCACACUGUCUCAAUGAGUUUCACUUAAAUUUCCCAAAGCAAAGCACAGAUGUCUUGGUUGUACUUACACAAAGAGACUUAAGAAACAGAGA